GGACGCUUCCCGCGGGCACGCGGAGUGAAGACGGUGACAGCCACGCGCGCACGUGCGUGCCCGGCUGCAGCGCGGCCCCGACACCUCCCUCGGCGGCUGAGAAGCGCGCGGGUCUGGGCCUCCGGCGUCUAGGGGCCCCGUCCCCGGGCGUCACCAGCGUCCCCGGCCCGAGUCCCGGAGAGCCGGGCCGUGCCCGCCCCGUCGGUCCCCGAUCGCGAUCCCUUCCCGUGGCCGUCAGGGUUCGCCCCCCAACUCCCAUUUCGGUUCCCGGGGCAGGGUCCUCGCGGUCCAUGCUGGCCGCUGGGGGCCCGCGCCGCUCAGCCAGCUCCCGGGCCGGCCGGCCGGCCACCAUGGUGGCCCUGAGGCCUGUGAGGCUCCUCCAGGGAGGCUAAAAGGUCCAGAGCGCAGGCCUCGGGGCGCGAGGGUCCCGAACCUGAGCCCCGCGCCAUGGCCGGGGCCAUCGCUUCCCGAAUGAGCUUCAGCUCGCUCAAGAGGAAGCAGCCCAAGACGUUCACAGUGCGGAUCGUCACCAUGGACGCGGAGAUGGAGUUCAAUUGCGAGAUGAAGUGGAAGGGGAAGGACCUGUUUGACUUGGUGUGCCGGACCCUGGGGCUUCGGGAAACCUGGUUCUUUGGCCUGCAGUAUACAAUCAAGGACACCGUGGCCUGGCUCAAGAUGGACAAGAAGGUGCUGGAUCAUGACGUUUCAAAGGAAGAGCCAGUCACCUUUCACUUCCUGGCCAAAUUUUAUCCUGAGAAUGCCGAGGAGGAGCUGGUUCAGGAGAUCACGCAACAUUUAUUCUUCUUGCAGGUAAAGAAGCAGAUUUUAGAUGAAAAGAUCUACUGCCCUCCCGAGGCUUCUGUGCUCCUGGCUUCUUAUGCCGUCCAGGCCAAGUAUGGUGACUACGACCCCUCUGUUCACAAGCGGGGAUUUUUGGCCCAAGAGGAAUUGCUUCCAAAAAGGGUAAUAAAUCUGUAUCAAAUGACUCCAGAAAUGUGGGAGGAAAGAAUCACAGCCUGGUACGCAGAGCACCGAGGCCGAGCCAGGGACGAAGCUGAAAUGGAAUAUUUGAAGAUAGCUCAGGACCUGGAGAUGUACGGUGUGAACUACUUUACAAUCCGGAAUAAAAAGGGCACAGAGCUGCUGCUCGGAGUGGAUGCUUUGGGGCUUCACAUUUAUGACCCUGAGAACAGGCUGACCCCCAAGAUCUCCUUCCCGUGGAACGAAAUCCGAAACAUCUCGUACAGCGACAAGGAGUUUACUAUUAAGCCAUUGGAUAAGAAAAUUGAUGUCUUCAAAUUUAACUCCUCAAAGCUUCGUGUUAAUAAGCUGAUUCUCCAGCUGUGUAUCGGGAACCACGACCUGUUUAUGAGGAGGAGGAAGGCUGAUUCUUUGGAAGUUCAGCAGAUGAAAGCUCAGGCCAGGGAGGAGAAGGCCAGAAAGCAGAUGGAGAGGCAGCGCCUCGCUCGAGAGAAGCAGAUGAGGGAGGAGGCUGAACGCACGAGGGACGAACUGGAGAGGAGGCUGCUGCAGAUGAAGGAAGAGGCGACGAUGGCCAACGAAGCCCUGAUGCGGUCUGAGGAGACAGCCGACCUGUUGGCCGAAAAGGCCCAAAUCACUGAGGAGGAGGCAAAGCUCCUGGCACAGAAGGCAGCAGAGGCCGAACAGGAGAUGCAGCGCAUCAAGGCCACGGCCAUCCGGACGGAGGAAGAGAAGCGGCUUAUGGAGCAGAAGGUGCUGGAGGCCGAAGUGCUGGCGCUGAAGAUGGCUGAGGAGUCCGAGAGGAGGGCCAAGGAGGCAGAUCAGCUGAAGCAGGACCUGCAGGAAGCCCGCGAGGCAGAGCGAAGAGCCAAGCAGAAGCUCCUGGAAAUCACCACCAAGCCCACAUACCCGCCUAUGAACCCACUCCCAGCCCCGCUGCCUCCUGACAUACCAAGCUUCAACCUCAUUGGUGACAGCCUGUCUUUCGACUUCAAGGAUACUGACAUGAAGCGGCUUUCCAUGGAGAUAGAGAAAGAAAAAGUGGAGUAUAUGGAGAAGAGCAAGCACCUGCAGGAGCAGCUCAACGAACUCAAGACAGAGAUCGAGGCCUUGAAACUCAAAGAGAGGGAGACGGCCUUAGAUAUUCUGCACAACGAGAACUCUGAUCAGGGCGGCACCAGCAGCAAACACAAUACCAUUAAAAAGCCUCAAGCCCAAGGCAGAAGACCUAUCUGCAUUUGAGCCCUCAAACUCACCCUGCAGAGCGCCAAGUCCCGAGUGGCCUUCUUUGAAGAGCUCUAGCAGGUGACCCAGCCACCCGAGGAUUGGCCACUUCUGCUUGCAGCACCGAUGGGAUGGGCCUGACACCGAGGGAGCCAUCCGUGGGCGGGCUGGAUGGGGGCUUCCUUGGAGCUCUGGAGCUUUUCCUGGCUGAGCGGAGAGCCCAGCCCCCUUCACGUGCAAUUGCCUUGAACUAUGACCCUGCAGAAGUAUCUCUCUUGGGGUUCUAGUUCUCCUGACCUGAGUCUCUAAAUCUUUUUGAGUAUUUGCCUUUCCUUAUCUAAUGUGGGAUUCUGUGCUUCCUUCGUCCAAAGCACCCUGGGGUGUGUGUCUUACUGUCCACUGCUGACCUCCCAGCCCUGUCUGGGAAGUGGCUGUAGGAAGUGAAGUACACAGGCCCCCUGGAGACCGGAAGGCUGGUGGCAUUCCCCCCCCCCCCCAGGGUUCCAGAAAAUUCAUCUCCUUCACUGGUGAGGAACUGGCAUGGGAAGAAGUGUGGCCGCCCAAGCCCAGGCCCACAGCAACCUGCCUGCUACACGUCAUUGGAGAGCGAGCCAGGCGAUGGGUCCUCGGCCUAGGCACCCCUGAGGUAGCCCUCUGGCUGCCAGCUGGUGGGGAAUGGGAAAGGCAGCUGUGCCUGGGGGAAGACCCGGCAGAAGCUGUGAUGAAGGGCUGCCUGCCAGCAGAGGGCCUGGGAGGCCAGCAGAGCCGUGUAGGAACCUGCACCCUACAAAACACUCGCUGCCUUUCUUCUGCCACCUCAGACCAGGGUCCAGGAGGCAGGCGGGGCCCUCUCCAACCGUAGCCUCUCUCGCACGUGGCAGGCGGGGUGGGGGGCUCCCCGUCACUCUAGUCAGCACCUGGCAGCCCAGCCAUGACCGGGGUCUCUGUAGGGCUCUGAGGCCCCGACACCCAGUUCCACUGGCCCCAGUCUGCCUCGUUGAUCUGAAUGGUCUCUCCUCCCGGCCACACGCCAGCAAGGCUCUCCCCCCCGUGGCUGUACCUGGGCCUGCUUGGCUGUUGCCCUCGUCUCCUUGAGGGCCCUUCGCCUUAUGUUCUCCCCUGGGCCAUGUGAGGGAGGGGACGCAGGUGACCCCUCACAGUCAGUGCUCUGCACCUGCCGACACACGACCCCUGGCCAUGCCGGGUGGCAGCAGGUCACAAAGCCACCCCAUGGCCCAUACUCACUCCUUGGUUGGGGGCCGCUUUCCUGCCCUUUCUUCCUCCAUGGCUGGUGGUGCUGCUGUGACCCGCCAGGCCAUUCACAUCCUUCCGAUGAGGCUGCUGUGCAGAGCCGGGGAUAAGUGCUAACCAGUGAAAAGAAGUGUAUUAAAUGAAGGCGUGGGAGGGCCUGGAGAUUUCCUGAGGGCAGAGGUGGCUUCUGGCAAUCCUGUGUGGUUUUGAGAAACUGAGAAGCUCGCAGAGAUCCUGCCAAAUUCCGUGGUCAAGCUGACCUAGUGGUGUCCUGGGCUUGCCGCCACCUUCUUGGGUCACCUUGCACGGUGUAAGCCAGCCCUAUGUGUCCCCCCAGCCCCUCAGGACAUGCAGGGUGGGACUCUGAAUCUGGACACUAAGCAUGAAUGGCUGUAGCUGGAAGGUUCCCUUGUGUCUCUCUGUCUCUCUGUCCCUCCGAGGCCUCUUCCCCUGAGACACGGUCCCGGCGGGGCUCCUCCGGCCGCGUUUGUAAUGUAAGGUCUGACAGUUGUGAGGCUGUUUCCUCAGGCUCACCACCCAUCCCUAACCUGCACAUUUAGUCUGUAACAGUGGCUGUGGGCACAGAGCAUGGUGGUCAUUCAUAAAAAUGUUGUCAGGCUUUGUUUUUUUAUUAUUUAACUGCUGUGUGUAUGUCUGAAGUCUGGGAAAUGCCGAGCCAUGCAGCCACAGGGGAGCCGGCUGGGAUCUGAGCUGUGGAGGGAGCAGACUCUGGAGGGCCGGCAGAGCCUGGCUCCAGCAGGGACAAGGCAGCUCUCCUUGGGGACAAGAGCUGGCAGGUACCUCCCAGAGAUGAACAGGCGGAGAGGAUGGCGGCCCUCAGAAAUAGCUUGAGCCCCAGUGGAAGAAGGAAUGAAAGCAGAGCUUGGUUUUCAGGGCGUGUGCCAAUGGCCGAGGUGACUGUGUGAUUUGUAAGUGAAUGAGCUUAGGUCUUACUAAGUAAGGAAGCCCCCGACCUCCAUUGAGAGCAGGGCCCUGCCCGGAUUGUUUCCUUUGAAGUGCUCCUGAUGGUCCUUGGGCAGAAGCACCGUGCUGGUAACACUCAGCGAGGCUGCGCUGGCAGCCCCUGGCGGGUCCACGCAGGGCACCUCGUUGAUCUGAUUUAGGCUCCACCUCAGCCCCAGCGGCUCUGUCCUGUGCUGUCCUCACAGUUAUUUGCGCACCCACCGGGCCCUGCUGGACAGCACCCCGCGGCACUACUUAACGCUUCCUGAGUGAUUGCGUUCUGUAGUCUUGGGGACAGGUUUCUCUCUCCCUUUCUUUUCUCUUUCAAAUCAAAACCGCAAGUCCUGAGGCUAACAACCUGCGACUGGCUAAGCUUCGCCUGCUGGCAGGGCUGGGGCCUGCAGGCCCCUGGAGGGGGCGGCCUUGGCAGGGAGAUGGCCUCUCCCAGCCGCCCCGGGGCCAGGCUGGCCCCUCUGGGCUUCCAGGGAAGCUCCAUCCACCCGUUUUCAAAGACUUCAAACCAUCCUUCUUCCUAUGGGGCCUCCUGUCAGGGCCACACCAGGGAAGGCUAUUUUCUAUUCUGGGGGGUUGUUGUAAUUUAAAUGAUUGUUUUAAUAAAAAUUCUAAGUUGUAAAAAGUU